AUGGUAGCCAUUACUCGUGCUACGUUAGCACGUCAACUGCCAUCACAAAAUACAACGAGAACAGUUAUAUCAAGUGCUGUAAGGAAAAAGUACACUAAAAAGAAGAAAAGAACAGUUAAACAACGUACAUCAUCUAAGAAAAGAACAGUUAAACAAUGUACAUCAUCAUCUACUACUUCACCACCAUUGCAACCAUAUAACGAGGUCGCAGGCAAAAGCAAUAUUAUUGAUGCUAAUGGAUAUGAUCGGUACGGUAAUCCACUAGGAAGAGAAUACGAUUUGGGUCGAGAUGGAGCAUUUAUGGGAUUUAAUAUUUUAAUUGGACAGUUUUGUUACAUUGACAUGCAGAAGCCAAUUGAUGCACUGAAGAUCAAAGGAUUCCAAGUGAAACCUGUAAAAUCUGAGGAUGAAUGUAUAACAGAACUUGCUUCAAAUCGUUAUCAAAUCGCAUGGAUUAUCAGUUCUAAUCAAAUUCAAAAUUCGAAAUUUAUUUCAGCUUUAACGGCUUUUCAUUCAGCUGGUGGUGCUAUUUUUUUAUUCGCCGAUAAUACACCAUACGUAUGUCAUGCAUCUGAGUUUCUUAGAACAAAAUUUGGUAUUACUGUCGAAGGAGACUAUUAUGGUGACAAAACAAUGACAUAUAAAGAAAACGGUUAUCAGCAAAUCGGAAAUUUUGGUCAGCAUGAAAUUUUUACCGGAAUCACAAAUUUAUACGAGGGUGUCACCAUAUGUCAUCCAGUAUAUUCAACACCAGCAAGUCGUACGAUAUUUGUCACUAUAGCAACAGCUACCGAUGGCAAUUCUAGUAUUGCUGUGUAUGAUCCACCUUCGACGUCAACAGAAGGACGAUUAUGCUUAGAUUGUGGUUUUACGAAACUGUACUAUAAAUGGGAUUCAGCAGGCACAGCUCGUUACGUCGUUAACGCCAGUUGUUGGCUUUUGGGAAUAAAAAACGUUUAA